AUGGUCGGUCAGAGAAGAUCUGGAGCAUCCUCACGGUCGGCUAACAUAAGGCAGGAAUCAAACAGUUAUCGAUGCACGACAGAGGAAGACCUGGUGAACAUCCCCAGUGAGAGCAGUGGUUGGCCAACUGGUCUUCUCAUAGGUGACUCUAUUUCAGAGAACGAGAUCCUGUUCAGUAGCGCAUCAGAUGUUGGCAACAAUGACAGCUCACAUAUAAUAGAUAUACAAACAAAACUUUCUGAGAGAGCUUUGGAGUUGCUGGCCCUUCCAGAAGAUGAACCUGCUAUCCUUUUAGACAUCGGAUGUGGCUCCUGUCUAAGUGGCGAAGUCUUGACGGAAAACGGACAUACAUGGAUUGGAAUUGACAUCAGUUCUGCUAUGUUAAAUAUAGCGCGUGAAAGAGAAUGUGAAGGUGAUUUGGUUUUGGGCGAUAUUGGGGCUCCCAUGCCUUUCCGAAGUGGUUCGUUUGACGGCGCCAUCAGCAUCUCAGCAGUCCAGUGGCUUUUCAAUUCGGAUAAAGCGACUCACAACCCGAUUCGACGAAUAAGGACCUUUUUUGGAUCAUUAUACUUUUUCGUUCUCGACGUCGGUCCCGGACGCAAUGUCCCGCAGGCCUUGUCGGAUGAGUCAGCGUCGAACAGCAUCAACAUAGUUGCUCGAGAUCGGUUAGAAGUCCUUCGCGAGGUGCGCGCUUCCAAACGUCCACCGAAAAAAAGCACUGCGUGGAUAAAGCACAAGAAAGAGGUUGCUCGGCAGCGCAUGAAAGAAGUGGCUCAUGACUCACGUUACACGGGGCGUAAGCGACGUCCCAAAUUUUGA